AUGAUCGCAAUAAAUAUCGGCCGAUCGAGCCUGCGCACUGACCCCGAAGAAGUGAUACGGAAUGCCUUUCAGUGCUUUGAUGAAGAUAAUUCGGGAAAACUGAGCGAAGAUCGACUUCGUGAGUUGCUUACAACAAUGGGUGAUCGCUACACUCAUGAGCAAAUGUGUACAAGAUUUAAAUGGUUUUUUAAAGCGUAUCUACCGAUUAAACUUCCAAAAGUCAUCUUAGCAUUCCGAUGUUAUCGCUUGAUUGUACAGAUUUAUGUCAAUAUUCAGGUUGAUGAACUUUUCCGUGAUGCUCCUAUCAAAAACGGAAAUUUUGACUACGUGGAAUUCACUCGUAUGCUCAAGCAUGGCACAAAAGACAAAGACGAGCAGUAA